AUGUCUACCGCCAGCUCCGACUUCAAGUCUCCCAUCGACGAGAGCAACCUCCUCCCACAUCCCGCCUCCACGCACCCCCAACUCCCCGAGUACACCCCGCUCCCCACUUCCCCCUCGCUCGCAGGCACCGGCUCCCCCGCGCACUCCGUCCUCUUCGGCGCACCCCAGGUCCUCGAGUCCGGCACAGACGCCGAGCCGCGCUGCGCCGAGCCGCUCAUGAUCGUCAAGCUCCUCUGGACCGGCCUGCUCGCGCUCCUCCUGCCGCCCGCGCUCCUCGGUGCGCUCGCGCUCGCGAGCGUCGGCGCGAUGCUCUUCGGCAUCGGGAAGCUCCUCGAGGGCUCCGGGCUCGCCAUCGCCUUCGCCCCGCGCUGGGCGUGGCAUAAACGGCGUCCGCGAGGCAGCCGGAAACUUCCUGCUCUGGGCGGGGGGGCCCAUGCGUGGAUCGCGCGGACAGGACGUCGAGGCGGGACAGGUGGCGGGGCCGAUCGCUUUGUGAUCGAAGCGGGGACUUAA